GGUCGGCCGGGAAUAACAACAAGGUAUCAUCAUCGGUGGUGGAAUUGAGCAAAUAUUGCUAUUUGCAGAACUCUUCAGAGGGUGCUGGGGGAUAAAACGAUAACAUAAGAUACAAAUAGAGAUACGAAUCUGAUAAGUCCAUCAGUUUGCCGGCUCAAGUGGAAGAUUCAUUCCGCCAUUCCUGUCAGACAGUUGGCAAGCUUUCAACCGAUCAGUGACCACAAUGCGGAUGAGGAUACUCUUUAUGUGGAUUACCUUUACUGCUCUCCUCCAAUGGUCGCAAGCCGAGGAGGAUAACAUACAUGAGGUGAGCUUGGAAGUUAAUGACAAAAAUGAUGGGGAUCCAGCCGUGGUUCAGGAAGUUAAUAACACACCUCCCGAGGUGCCUAUGAGAACCACAGAGCUGCCAGAAAUAAUGGAACCAGUCACCCAGGCCCCAUCGGAGAUGAGUUCUUCGAUAGAUCAGCACUCGGAGGAGAAUAAACAAGAACCCAAUGAGAGCUCUACGGAGUCCCCUAACAAGGAUCCUCUAUCUGGGGAGGAAAUUAAAGAACCUACAAAAUCGCCUGAGCCUGAAAUUACUGAUUCCAGCAAGGAAAAACUGCCUGCAUCGGAUCAGGCUCCAGCAGGAGAAUCCUCAUUAGAAGUGGGCAAGGAUAAAUCGCCUGAGCCACCAAUCGAAAUAUCCGAUUCCAGCAAGGAAAAACAUCCUGCAACUGAUAAGGCUCCACCAGGAGAAUCAUCCUCAGAAGUGGGAAAGGAUACUUCCGAGGAACCACAACCACAAACAUCUCCUGGAAAAAUGCCCGAAUUCGAAAAUCCAAAGACAUCAAGCGAUGGAGCUGAUUACCCAAAUGAUGCCCCCCAGGACAUCACCACGGUCAAGCCCACCACAUUACAUACUGCUCCACCCCCGGUACCCCCACCAGUGCCACCACCCGUUUUUAUGAACAUUAGUUGUUAUAGCUGUAUGUUCUGCGAAGGUCCUGUGAAGAAUGCAAAAAAAGCCAAAUGUCCUCCGAAAAAAAAUCAAAGGAAUGGAUGCUUCACCGUUUUCGUCCGGGAUGCAAAUAUAGCUCCCGGUAAGGAUAAAUAUCUGGCACGGGGUUGCAUAUCCGAAUUGGAAGACUCUUUACUGGAUUAUUGUGGCAGGAAUGCUGGAUUGUGUUCGAAAUGUUAUGAUCACGAUUGCAACAACCAGGAUGUAUCCACAUAUGAAGCUGCAAUGGGAGGAGCUGGGCACCACAUUGCUCAUCUUUCGAUUACCCUGGUUCUCUGGAGUUUGGGUUGGAAUUGGAUUAAUUCCCUAAUGCUGCUCUAGGAACCUUACUGCUCACAGCUAUUUCCAAACAUUUAUAUUUUUUAAAAAAAGUCAAUCAUUUGAAUUCUAGAAAUAAUAUAUCUUGAUUACUAAAGCAUCAAAGUUAAAACCGCACCAACUAUUAUUGUAUAUU